CAGUCAACCUCGCAUGAUUUCUGAGCGUCCCACCAAACCUCAUCAAAGCUACAACCUCCAACCCGCGCCGGCCACAGCACACCGUCCCGGCCUCGCAGUCGCAGCGCAGCCCGAGUCGCCACCUGCUGCUACAAGACAAGCGCACGACGACCAGCCAUGGAGGCGACGCUGUCCAAGGUACGGCCGUCGAGACUACAGCACCUCGCCCGCUCCGCGACCUGCGCCGCCUGCUGUGCCUCCUCCCCGUCUUGCACGUCGACGACGGCCGCAUCGACGAGGCGGCGCUUCUCCGCCCUCGACCGCCCGGAGCCAAACUACCCGGGCCAUGUGCCGCUCACAAAGAUGGAGCGCGUGGGCAUGGCCGUCGGCGCCAGCGUCAUGUCCUUGUUCAACCCUUAUCGUCACGGUGCGCGACUCUCACCCUUUCUUUUUUCCCCUUUGCCAUGAUGGGCGGUCAUGCCCCCCGCCAUGGCAAGCGCACCUUUUUGCUUUCCUUUUCUUUGCUCAGCUAACGACGGUCCCGCUGACGUUGCUCGCAGACCUCAUCGCCGCCACGGGCGAGGCCACGGCGACCCCCUACUUCAUCUACCGCCUCCGCGACGCCAUGCUCGCCGACGCGACGGGCCGGCGCAUCCUCCGGCAGCGCCCGCGCAUCACCUCGGAGACGCUCUCCCUCGCGCGGCUGCGCGCCCUGCCCGACAACACCGUCGGGCGCGCCUACGUCGGGUGGCUGGACCGCGAGGGCGUCUCGCCCGACACGCGCGCCGCGGUGCGCUACAUCGACGACCCCGAGUGCGCGUACGUGAUGCAGCGCUACCGCGAGUGCCACGACUUCUACCACGCCGUCACGGGCCUGCCCGUCUGGCGCGAGGGCGAGGUCGCCCUCAAGGCCUUUGAGUUCGCAAACACCCUCCUCCCCAUGACGGGGCUGAGCAUGGCCGCCGCCGCCACCCUCGAGCCCCAGGGGAGGCGCCGCUUCCUGCGCGUCUACCUCCCCUGGGCGCUGCGCAACGGCGCACGCAGCAGGGAGCUCAUCAACGUCUUUUGGGAGGAGCAGCUCGAGAGGGACGUCGACGACUUGAGGGCGGAGCUGGGCAUCGAGCGGCCUCCCGACCUGCGGGAGAUUCGCAAGAGGGAGCGCGAGGAGAAGAAGCGCCUCAAGGAGAUACAGGCACAGGGCAUGUGAAAAGCCCUCUCCCUCGCUUACCUAUACCAGGUGGCAAGACUGGACAAACUCCUCAUGUACAAAAUCUGUAAAAGCAACGAGCGCGCAGUGGCAUAGCAUAAAUCCAUUCAUUCAUCC